AAACUAUUACCAGAAUCGUGAAAGGACCCUUGAAAACCGCCGUAGCGCCCACUGGACUAGAGGGUCUAAAAGUAGUUAAUUUAAGGCACUUGAGAACACAGCACCCCUUUUUGACCAAUGUUGAUUUGCCUCUUUCUUGCCUUUCCAGAGACGCGGCUUGCUUCCCUUCCUACCUUCCUUCCUCGUAGGAGUGAAAUGGUGAAGCGUCAGUCUAGGCUUUGCUGCAGGCUGAGUGCUGGUGUCUCUUGGAUCAUCAUAACUCUCGUGCUGAUGGUGCUGACGGUGCUGACUCCAGCGGAGGGCGUGGCGGUGGUGGCCCUGGAGGAGUCGCGCGCAGACUUGGUAACACAGGAGGAGGGGGCUGUCGUGGGGGCGUCCCUGUGUGGCCUGGUGCAGCUCCUCCCCACCCAGCUCACGCCCAACGCGACCGUCAUGCUUCUGUCUGCCAACAAUGUCACCCUUGUCACUCUGAGUCUGCGCGAUUUCGGGAUAAACAUUACCGUAAAAGUGAACAGCAUCGAACAAACCGUGGGGACCUUCCUGCCGGGGAGAGCGUGGACCCCUUUAUGUAUAGGAGUGCGCCGACAGUCCAGUAACGACACAUUGGAACGCUCCCCUCCACCCGCCACCGCCCCUCAGCGCGCCCUCACAUACCAGGUAAGCGGCGCAGGUAUCAAGGUCACGUGGAGACUGUCAAUAAGGAGAUUCUACCUAGCUGAAGUGACACACGGGUUUCUAAAGGUGUUUUUACGGUUUUAGUGGCAGAUGAACAAGAUUUCUACAUUAUUAAUAGGAGAAGCAGUCUAGGAAACUCUCUCUCUCUCUCUCAGGUAUGGGUGACUGUCGGGGGCCACCUCAUAACCCUGGGGGAGGUGGAAGUCCCCAGCGGCGCCAUCGUGCUGUGGGAGUACCGUCUGGGAAGCCACCCUUCUUAUUUCUCCUCCUUUAACGGGUUCAUAGCAGCAGUAUCUCGCCGUGCGCCCCUCGCUGACCCCGCCCUUCUGCCCUCCUCCUGCCUCGCCAUGGUCCAGGCAGCGGAGGAUAUGAAGUCCCUGGAGUCCUGGAGGGCGUUUGGCAAUGUGAUCCUGGAGGAGAAGGAGAGCGCGGUGAUCUGCGAUGAGGCGGAAGUCGAGGUGAAGUUAACCGGGCCGAUGGAUUACUGGGGUUUUGACUGGCGGUGCGGGGGACUGGGAGGCCGGUUACUGAAGGAGGAAAGGGGUCAGGGAAGGGCUAUGAAGGAGGGAGAAAUAGAACAGGGAAACGAUAUAAAUGAAACACGACUACUGAAGGAGGAGGAACUGGGUCAAGGAAAGGAGCUAGACACUUGGUUGUUCUCUGGUGACAGUGCUGAGAUGAACCGAACCGCCCACUGCACCGCGCUGGCCCGAGGUAGCAUCACUCGUUUGCGCUGCGUUGCUGACCUCCGUUCCACCAUUUGCCAAGUGCCAGUCGCUCUCCACUACACCCUCUUCGGCGCUGUUGAGGGCUUCGAUCGCUACUACACCCUGAAGCCUGUCCCCGAGGGCUUCUUCUUCCAGGGCAGGGACGGCUUGAGUAACAUCAGUGAGGUGGAAGGGAUGUGGGUGCUGUGGUCCAGUCUGCAUCACAGGAGGUGGGAUCUGAUGCACUCGUGGCCUGUGGGGAGAAAGCAGUGGCGGUCAGUACGGCCCGGCACCAGCACUGUUCUCACGCUGACCUCCUGCAACGCCCUUCAGUUCUCCAAUCACGACGGGAUGUGCUAUUUGAGUUACUUCCGCUGCGAUGGCCGACAGCAAACAGAGGAUGGCAGUGACGAGGAGAGCUGCAAUGUUCCUUUGUUUAUCCCCCCAGGUAACCAAAGAAAUGCGAGUCCUUUCCCCGAGUUCAGCCUGUCAGAGGUGGUGUACAACGUCACCAUCAUCAACAUCGGGAAAAUGACGUCACAGAAGAAUGCGGCGGUGCUGGAGCUUGUAUUAGACCACUACUGGCACGACGAUCGCCUCAAAUUCGUCUUUAGUAACAAGCUGGACACCAAAUUCCCCUGCCAGAACGUGUGGACGCCGCCAGUGCGCGUGUAUGCUGGCUUCCCGUCACGCCUACAAGUUCCAUUGCAGAAUCAAAGGUCCAGGUGCUUCGUCCAUUGGAAUGAGGAGGGCCAAACAUUCCGCCAUCACCUGAAUCUUACCGACCCCUAUAUGAGCAGGCAACCGGAGGAGGGCGCAAAGAUACUGAUAAGGAAAAAGACGAGGAUGUUCUUUGCCAGCCCCUGUAACUUAAAACUCCACGCUUAUCCCUUCGGCCAUUACAAUUGUGUGGUGACGCUUUCCAUCGGCGCGGAUAACCAAAUGAAGUGGGUACAAAAUCAAGACUUGGGGAACCACUACGAGCUUCAGUACUCAGGGGACGGGGAUCUCUACGACUACCGGCUGGAUAACAUUACCAUCACUACUGACGCUCAUUAUCUCAUUCUCACUCUUCAUAUCUCAGGGCAGGCAGCUCACCAUGUUCUAAAUAGCUUCGCUCCUAGUACCUUCAUGUUUUUCAUCAGUUAUUCCACUCUUUAUUUCCCUCUUACGGAUUUCAACGAGAGAAUCAUGGCCUCUCUGACCUCCCUUCUCGUCCUGGUUAGCCUAUCUGCCCAAAGUUCAAGCAAUUACGUUAGAACACCGUACUUAAAAGCUAUAGACUUAUGGUUUGUCUUGCUCAUCAUCUUCUGUUUCUUCGUGGUCAUCUGUAAUGUGGUGGUGAACACUCUGCUGGUGAGAGAGAGCGAGAUUAAACCUAUUGUGGUGGUGAAGAUCAGCUCAGAGGGGUUUCAAGGGAAGAGGGAGAGGAGGAGGUGGAGGUUUAGAUGCAUGUCUGCUCUUACGUUCAACACCUUGAGUCGUGCGCUGCUGUCAUUGGUUUUCGUAAUUACUUUGAUCGUUUAUCUCGUAGGAAUAUGUGGCCUGAUGUCAUUUUAGUCCUCGUGCGCGCGCGUGUGUGUAUGUGUGUGCAUGUGUGUGUUGAACUUGAUAAAACGGAAUCAAAUGGCAAUGAUAAGAGACUAAUAAUCAGGAAAACUAGCACAGAAACCUAUGAUAACCGCACGAGAUCUUUUUUCUUUCUUUCUUACAGCGCAAGACACCCCAGUCACGUUCUCUUCCCAGCAAACUCCCUAGCGCGGUAUCUGUCCCUUAGAGCUGCUUGCGCCCUCGCCCUGGCUACCCUCUGCUGUGGAAACUGGCGCCCUUUGUCACUAACCCCUGUAGGAGGCUGAGGAGGAGGCGUCGCAUGUCCUAAGUCAUUCACAUCCUCCAUUUCUUGUGGGAUAUCUGUAGUGGGAAACUGUUCUGGUUCUUGGGAAUGCUGAGAGCACUUUGAGUUUGAUUCCUCGUAUUUAAUGCUACCUUGGCGUCCUGAGCUUAUUUCCCGCUCGACACUGUCACCAUCACACGUGUAGGCCCUUUGGGUGUCGCUGGUCACCCUAUCACCGUGCCAGGAAAGGACCAGCUCUCCUGAUGGGUUCAAAUCAAGGCGGAACCAUCGGGGCGCUUCCUCCUCUCCGCCUCUUGCUGGAAUUCGGGAAGGCGGCGGGAUGCGGCCCCUAUUGCAGAUGCAUGGGUGUUGACACUGCAUGUAACUGGCCAGGAUAGCCACGUUGAGCAAGUACAGGUCACACACCCACGGCAGGACCCCGCAGCUCCUCAAGAGAACGCUAAGGAGAACUGAAAAUGGGAAGAUAUAUUUUUCCUGCAUGGCUGACUCGAGUGUUUCCUUCUUUUGUCGUCUGCCAGUGAGCCGCGCUAGAGAUGUCGAGUUAGACUUUCGAGGUGGCGUUAUUAUUCCUCUUACCAUUGCCUGUAGAGGUGAUAUUACGCUGUGUUUAGGGCGGUAAUAAGUAGAUAUGUGCUUUACCCACGUGCCAGCUUCAUGUGGGCUGCCAGUGCAUGUGUUACGAAAAGAUUUACUUGAAUUUAUGAGCCUGAAGGACGAAGGAAUCUGAAUCUGGUUGUGUCAUUAAGGGACUGUCAUGUGUUGGCCCACUGGCUUAUUGAAAAUUUCCCUAUGAUCUAAUACAGGUUUAAUUAAUAA